AUGAACAUUGUUACUCUAUGGAAAUUGGAAGAGAAUGACCUCUUUGUCUGCGCCAGCAGCUUCUUUUUCAUCCACUCGAUACAAGAGGCUUCUCCAUUCUCUUCCCUUGAUCAUGCAACUGCAUUCGCUCGAGAUUUAUGGUUCAACAAGUCGCCUAUAAGAUCAUGGCUGGAUGCAUUCUCCGCACACAGGCACAUCGGUGAAGCUAUUAGUCGAGCGCCUAACGAACUUAUUUCGGAGCUGAAUCAAUUCGGAGCAAAGUACCGGAAGAAAUUUGGCUUCGAAUUCCUCACAACUACAAAUAGGGGACAUUCAUAUAAAAUACUCGAGGAGGUGAAGGCCCGAUGCGAUAAUAAUCUCAUAGUUGAACUCGAUAUUGCAUCCCGGGAGGAAUUCAUUUUGAUAGAAAGAGGACUUACUAAGCUAUGGGAACGACUAUCUCAAGAGAAGAUUCAAGAGGACACAGAUGAGACAGGGGAGGUAGUUCAAGACUCGAUGGAAGCAGAAGUCGGGCACAGCAACAGUUCCGACGAGGUUGUGUCGACCGGACCCACGGCUGCCAUGAUAAAUUACGACCUCAAUAAGACGCCAGAGGAGAAUGAGAGCAUUGGAGUUCAUGUGUAG